AUGGCUGCUCUCCGAUUUGGGUUUGGAAGGCUGAAUUCUCAUCUGUGGAAGAGAAGGAGUUUCUUGCUGUUGAAACUCACAGCUUUUGUCUGUUCUGUGCUUCUGUUUUGUGAAUUUUUAAUCUAUUACUUAGUGAUCCUUCGGUGUAAUUGGCCCGAGGUGAAAACUCCAGCCCGUGACCGGGGAGCAGGGACUCUCAAACCUGUCCUGAAAGCCAUGUUUUUGGCUGAUACCCACUUGCUUGGGGAAAUCAGAGGCCACUGGCUAGACAAGUUACGGAGGGAGUGGCAAAUGGAGAGAGCCUUCCAGACGGCUCUGUGGUUGCUGCAGCCGGAAGUCGUCUUCAUUUUGGGAGAUAUCUUUGAUGAAGGGAAGUGGAGCUCCCCCCAGGCCUGGGCGGAUGAUGUGGAGAGGUUUCAGAAAAUGUUCAGACACCCAGAUCAUGUGCAGCUGAAGGUAGUUGUUGGCAACCACGACAUUGGCUUCCACUACCAGAUGAGCAGAUACAGAAUAAAACGAUUUGAGAAAGUUUUCAACCCUGAAAGGCUGUUUUCAUGGAAAGGAAUUAAUUUUGUGAUGGUCAACAGCGUGGCCCUGGAAGGGGAUGGCUGCAGCAUUUGCUCUGAAGCAGAAGCUGAGCUCGUGGACAUUUCUCACCGGCUGAACUGCUCCCGAGAGGAGCUGCGCCCGGGCCGGUGUGGGGAUGGGCAGCCGCCGCCGGCCUCGGCCCCCGUGCUUCUGCAGCAUUUCCCGCUUUACCGGCCGAGCGACGCCAACUGCUCCGGGGAGGAUGCCGCGCCCCCAGAGGAGAAGGCCGUCCCCUUUAAGGAGAGAUACGACGUGCUCUCUCGGGAGGCCUCGCAGAAGCUGCUGUGGUGGCUGCGGCCGCGCCUGGUGCUGAGCGGCCACACGCACAGUGGCUGCGAGGUGCUCCACGGGGCGCAGGUCCCCGAGAUCAGCGUGCCGUCCUUCAGUUGGAGGAACAGAAACAACCCCAGCUUCAUCGUGGGCAGCUUGACGCCCACGGAGUACGCCCUGGCCAAGUGCUACCUUCCCCUGGAGGACACGGUUCUGAUCACGUACUGUGCGGCCACGGGCUUCCUUGUGGUCCUCGUGCUGGUCCACCUCGGACUUGUAGCCUCACCUGUUCUUUUUGGCUAUAAGCUGCUCAGAAAGUUUAAGACCAUGUGA